AUGGGCCAAGGCGCGUCGCAGCCCGUUGGCUCCGAGCCAGAUGGAGGAUUCCCAGAAGACUCGGAUGCGCAAAUUGCGCCGGGGCCCCCAGACCUUCCCAUUGCUGUCAAAAAGAACAAAUCUCCGUCGCAGCAGGAGAAUCAGUCGACCGUGCAGCGGAAACGGAAGUCCUCUCAGAGCAGUACCGCCUCUUUAUCCACUCCGAGCAUUGUCGAAGACUCCAACCCUUUGUCGCGUCGCGAAAGUCAGCCGUCUAUUAAGCGGAAACGGAAGUCCUCUCAGAGCGGUAACAACCCGCCAGCUACGUCCCCUAAAAGGCGGCCCGGUUCAGCGAAGCGGAAAAGGUUGAUCGAUAGCCUAUCGAAUAACAAUACUCCCGCAGCGGAACGCAUAAAUGGAUCGACUCCCUCCGAUGCGCAGAAUACGCCUAGAUCAGAGCUUGGGGCGUCCAGUACGCGACCCCCAAAAAGCCUGGCGUCAUCUGUUAAAAGCAAGGAACACCAGCCGUCCCCGUCUCCCGUACUCAGCGUAGGCAGCUCGCAGGCAAAGGGACGGCUCAAUCGAACGAAUGGCGUGGCUAACGCGAAAGGCACUACCGGCGCGUUUCUGCCUGACGAGGUCACAGCGCUGGAGGACUACAAGGUUCAAUUCUGCAAUUCACAUCGCUGUCCUACAGCCACCUUCGAUCUUAUGGUGCAGCAUGGAAAGGAAGGGCCGUUCCCCGGUCCCGUAGGUGUUCCUAAACGGAUUUUUUGGCAGGAUAUUCACAAGAUCUUGCCGGACCGCGAUCGAAGGUCCGUAUACAGGUUCAUGAAGCGCCACUUCCAAGCAUCUGACCAGAAGGCGCACGAUUGGACGGAAGAGCAGGAAGACGAGCUUGUGGAGCUUUAUCAAAAACAUGGGCCCAAGUUUGCUCAGAUCGCGGAGAUUCUGGGCCGGGGUUCAGAUGAUGUCGUCCAAAGGUGGAAAAAUCGCCUUGAACACCGGGAUACGAUGAAAACCGGAGCAUGGUCGGAUGAGGAAAUGGGCCUAUUAAAGGCUGCUUUGCGCGCUGCGUGGUCCAAGAUGAAAGACAAUGGGUACGAUGUAGGAGAAAAUAUCUUCGAAAUGGACGAGUCGUUGAUCUCAUGGAGCCAAAUCAGCUCCAGCUUGGAGCAUGUUCGGUCGCGACAACAGUGCGCAGACAAGUGGCGCAGAUACAAGCAACUCGCGGUUGCGCCGACGUCUCAACCAAACUCCCGGGCGACUUCUCGAGUACGCAGUGUAACUCCUUCGACAAAAAAAAGGAGAACGCAUUUCGCCCGAAAUCGCAAGAGCUCCGCGUACGUCUUAAACAGCGAUGAGGAGUCGGAGCCCGAAUCAGGAUCCAAACCCACAUCCUCGACAUUAGCCCAUGGGCAAGGGACAGGUUCUGGUCCGCAACCCUCUAAACAAACUAGCCCGAACGAGAAAAGCCGUCCACGGGAGGAAACUCAGGCUACUCCGUCCUCCGACUCUGAAACUGAAUCCAGCUCAGACUCGGAUUCAGAUGCCAAAUCAAACGCGGGCGAAGAUUCCGAACCAGCUCUGCGCGCGGUGCAUAAGCAGGAGGCCUCGGAGGAUACCAGCUCUGACGAGUCUAGUGACACGUCCUCGUCUGAAGAAGAGAGCGAUAACGAGGGCGAAAUACCGACCACUACAUCCGUAGAGCCAGCUCCGGCAGAAUCAUCUAAACGGAAGCGUACGGGGAGUUCGGCGAGGGGGUCUGGGACACCUGAUGGCAAACGAGUGAAGGUGAAAAAAGAGCCGAGUCCUACCCCGUCCGCCAUCGCGUCUCACGAGAGCGGUGGUGAUAGCGAAAGCGAAAGCGAUAGCGAUGACGAGUCUACGUCGAGCGACAAGGACAGUGCCGUUGCCAUCAAGAAGAGAGCCAGCAGCAGCGAAAGCGAAAGUGAUAGCGAUGACGACUCCGACUCUGAGUCUGAGUCUGAGUCUGAGUCUGAGUCCGACAGUGAUAGAAAAAUCGCGGUCAAAAACUCACCUGACGAGCAGAAGGAUCAAGCAUUGACCGCUAUCAAGCAAUCUGGAUCGUCAUCAGACUCUAAUAGCUCAGACGACUCGGAUGCUACGGACUCAAGCGAUGAGUCAGAAGACGAAGUCGAUGCCAAAGUGCCGAUCAUCAAGAGGGAAUCAGAGCCCGCUGGCGAGGCUCUUCUUUCUCCUCUGAAGCAAGACAACGAUUCGGAGGACGCCAAAACGAGCAGCACCUCAAGCAGCGACGAGUCCGACUCAGAUUCUGAAUCCGAAUCUAGUUCCGACUCGGAGUGA